AUGAAGUUUCUGCGAGUUACCUUUUUAUUGUAUUUCGUAAUUCUACAAACUCUUUCUCAAACUUAUGAAAUUCCAACAGUUACAGGUGAGCUGAGUCAGGGACUAAUCACUUUUUCAGAUGUGAGUGCGAUGUGUACAGCAGAUGGGAUUACAGCGUCCAUUUACUUUGACCGACCCUUUAGUGGGAUCAUCUAUUCUGUGGGCUAUGCCAAUGUGCAUACCUGUGUGUAUUUCAAUGGAUUUAUGUCAUCAUCGGUUUUAUUUUCGAUUCCCACUCGUGGUUGUGGAACGAGAGUAAGGAGAAAUACUCACGAGGUUCUGGAAACGGUUGAGAACCGUGUUUAUGUCCAGAUGGACAAAUUGACGCAGACCUUUGCGGAUAAACAGUACUCAUUUGUUUGCCAACAGGCGUAUGUCUCGUCGAUUAAAUUGAGUAACGAAAUCCGACGUCAUCCAGUGAAAAGUCAGGCCUUUUACCAGCAGCCAAUCUCUCCAGUCAGAGGAUUCCCUCGACCUCCAGAAAAUUUGGGAGCUUCGUUUAAUCGACCGAUUACUCCGAUGAUAGACAGAGAUUGGAGAUUGCAUGAUACGACCACACAUCCAUCCUUGUGGGAACAUCAAUUAGAUCAGAAGAAAGAGAAUAUUGAAGACUUGGAUCUGAUUAAUGGCCGAGAAUCCCAUCAUUUAGAUGACUUUGAGGAUAAUUAUGUUACAUCAUCUACACAAACUUCCACAACAAGCAGAUCUCAUCCUUUUACAUUGCCCAUAAUGGAUGCGACUACGGUAAUCCCGACCUUCCACAACCAUGUGAAUAAGUGAGGGAUUCUUGAACGAAUAAAUGACUGAAUAUAAAGGACUGAAUGUCCUAAGCGCGAGCUAAGACAGUCAGGCUGAGACUAAGCCCCAAUCACGCUAAGCCUCAGCGCGGUAUGCGAGCAUUAGGCAAAAAAAUAUUCGAAAUCGAAUUUGAAUAUUGGAUAACUAUUGUUUAAGGUAACUUAAUGCGACCGGUUAAGACUUUCCAAGAUCGGAAAUUUAUGGGGAAAUUAAUACCAACUGUACUAUAAAUGGAAAAUGCAGCACAAACCCUAAAAAACCUAUAUACAUAUAUGUUCAGGUCCUAUUUAGUUUUUCACAUUCAGUCGGUUGGCGUUCAGUCAUUUCAUAUUCAGCCUCGGUUCAGAUUUUCUUUUACAUUUUUUUCCUUCAGACUGCCAUUUAGCGAAAAUUCGCGGCUUGAGGCAAAACAAAAGACGGAAGAUUUUGAGCAGAUUAGUGAUCAUGUCAUCAUGGAGAUCCUCAGCGGUAACGGACCUCAAAGCCCGCAUGUUGAUAAGGCUAUCGAAAUGGGAAGUGUCAUCACAUUGGUGACAAAGGGAAAGAAACUACAAUGUAAGUACCAAUCAAGUAAAGACAUGUACCAAACUUACAGCCAAUCGCAAUUAUAACAUGUUUGUGCACGGUUGUUAUGCGACUGAUCAAAACAAUACAGUAAAGGUGGAACUAAUAGAUCUAAGAGGGUAAGGCUUUGCUUUAUCCACACAAAGGAUAACUUGCAUUAUAAAAUAUUUUCAGAUGCUCAGUGCAUUCUUCGGUCAUUGGCAAUAUGAAAAAGACGGAGAAUGAGGACGGAUCAGUUGUAUAUUUCUUUCCUCUAAAGGCUUUCAAAUUCCCCAAUGACAACGAUGUGUUCUUCUUCUGUUCUGUUGACAUCUCUGACAACCUCCAGUUCCCGGAGCCAUGUGUAAAUCAGAAAAGAAAAGCCCGAUCUUCCAUUAUUCUACCCGAAUCCGAAAAACGAUGGUACGAAUUCUACAUUCACAAGAGUGUGGAAGUUGGACCUUCUGAAGCACCGAUUCAAACAGUCAAUGGUAAGCGAAGACGGCAUUCACAACUGCUUUCACCAUUCCAGGGGAAUCAGAGGACGGCAUGCCAGGAAUGCUGAUCGCAGCGAUCUUCCUAGUCAUCGCCCUUACCGUUUCUACGAUAACAGUUUUAGCAAUAGCUAUUAGAAAGUACAGCAAUCCAACCAAGAGUUAG